AUGAGUAACUAUAAAGAAGUCUUAGAUGAACUUGAACACAAUGACCCAGAGUAUUUUGAGUUUUUCUAUAGAUUUGAAAAACUUGUUCAAUCCGAAACAAAAAUUGACGAAAAGAAUCGCUACCUUGGAAUUCUCGGAUCACUUAUUGGAUCUAAGUCAAUUGACUACUACCCCUAUAUCAUUGAACAAGUUUUAACCAAAAUAUUGACACCACAAGAAAUUAAAGAAGUUUUAUAUGAAGCUGCUUUCAUAUUAGGAGCUUCAACUGUUUAUCCAUUCUUAAAAGUAACAAAUGACAUAUUCAAGCAGCACAACAUUAACCUGCCUCUUGAAAACCAAUGCAAAGUUUCUCCUGAAGAAGCAUUAAAGAAAGGCAUCGAGAAACAGAAGGAAUCUUUUGGUCCGGGAAUGGAAGAUUUCCACACAAAAGGUCCAAUGAACAAAUGGGUUGUUACAUUCAUGUACGGACAGCUCUACACACGCGAAGUCCUUACUGUUAAACAGCGUGAGAUUGUUAUCACAUGUAUUUUCAUUGGAUACGGUGAUGCUACACCACAGUUCUUACAGCACGUGAAAGCAUUGACUAAUUUAGGUCAUGGAAAAUGGGAUUUGAUUCAGAUGAUUCUUUCACUUGUUCCCUAUAUAGGCUAUCCAAGAACAUUCAAUGCACUUAGAGCUAUUAAUGAAGCUGUUCCAGAUCCGUUAUAUAUGAAAGUGAUGAAAUUUGCUAAGGGAAUGUAUGGAAGCAUUUUUGGAUAA